UUUAUAAUUUUUUUGUUUCUCUUAAAAUGCGGCUUGUCCUCUGACGUGUACGUACCUUCGAAAAUAUGAGACCAACUAUAAGUUACAUUUUAAUCGGCUUAUUUUUUCUAUUUAUUCUACGAUCAAUAUACAGUUUAUACGGAAUAUUUCAGGCACCGACAUGUAACAAAGGGGAUGUAUGUUACAAAUCUUAUUUGAAUUCUAAACCGAAAUUGGAUUUGUACGUUUUCGUUUCGGAUAAUUCAAAGUCUGGUAAUUUUGACCAAGUGUUAUUUAUUAAAAAUUUCGACUAUGUAACUCCACUGGAAAAGGAAGUGCCAAUUGAAAUUUCAAAAACGGCUCGUAACAAUGGUACUUUAUUUAUACACAGCAUCAUGGUGCCAUUUAACACAAAACUAAAGGAGAUAUCUUUAAACGAACUUGUAAGAGCACCAGAUUCAACUUAUGUAAAAAACAAACUGACAAAAUAUGCAGUACCUAUUAGUGCAACUUUUAAUUUAUUGAAAGAGACUGGUACAAAGCAGAUGGUAAAGCCUGUCACUCAUUUACGAUCCAGAUAUGCAAUUAUAAUGUGUAUUGAAACUUUAAACAUUCCACAUUCCGACAUUCCCAUUGAGAUUAUAAAGCAUUUAAGGAUUAACAGUAAAAGACAAUUCAUGCCCAUAGUGCAGCAGGACAUUUUAAAUAUGAGGUUGAGAGAUUUAGUAGAAGUUACUUCAGACGCUAGAAAUAUGAAUUUUACAUUUAUUUAUACUCCUGCCUCGUUUGGGAAGAUGAGAUUUUUACUGCAAAUAGAAGCAACUCUCAUCCAAUUUCUAAAGUUGGGAUUUACUGAGAAGGAUUUGGAUGAGGUCAAGGGGGUUUUCGCAGACACAAACUUGUAUUUAUUGUGUGCAACACUCUGCAUCGGAAGUAUACAUUUACUUUUGGACUUUCUCUCAUUCAAAAACGACAUUAGCUUUUGGAAAUCUCAGACUUCGAUGGCAGGUCUUUCCACACGAACUGUAUUAUGGAGGGCAUUCUCUCAAACCAUUGUAUUUUUGUAUUUAUUAGACGAAGGUACAUCUUUGUUAGUUCUUAUACCUUCUGGGAUAGCCACUUUAAUAGAAUUUUGGAAAGUUAGUAAGGUUUUCAAGACGAGCCUUUCAUGGAAAGGAGUUAAAUUCAAUGGUGACAAAACGGAGACAAACGAUGAGAAACGAACCAGGGAAUACGAUGAAGAAUGUAUGAGAUAUUUGAGCUAUAUCCUGUAUCCGUUAUGUAUCGGUGCUGCCAUUUACUCCCUGCUGUAUCAGCCCCACAAAAGCUGGUAUUCGUGGACAAUCAACAGUUUGGUCAACGGCGUAUACGCAUUCGGCUUCCUCUUCAUGCUGCCACAGCUCUUCAUAAAUUAUCGACUGAAAUCUGUGGCGGCCCUUCCUUGGAGAGCCUUUACGUACAGGGCGUUUAAUACUUUCAUAGACGACAUUUUCGCUUUUAUUAUUACAAUGCCGACGGCACACAGGGUGGCUUGCUUUAGGGAUGAUGUGGUGUUCCUCGUUUAUUUAUACCAAAGAUGGUUAUAUCCAGUGGAUAAGACUCGUACCGAUGAUAUUACCGGAGAGACAGUCCCGGGAGAGGAUAAGGAAACAAAGAAAGAUAAAUAAAUUUAACCGUUCUGUUUAUUUAUUUUAUAAAUAAAUUUUUAUUUACAAU